ACAGGUGUGGUGUGUUUUUUGAAUAGCUGUUUUGGGACUUCAAUCAAUAAGAAACAGAGAUCCUUUCCUGGGAAAGUGCAUGCCUGAUUGCUCAGAAAAGAUAGCAGCUCGAAAUUUUUGCGUUUAGUUUCAUCACAUGUCAUGUCUUUGAUGCAUGUCAUUGUGUGGCUGUAUAAUCUAAAGCUCAGUGGGGUUUUGUAUUUCAGUGCAUCUGAGGAAAGUCAGAGUCACAGGGGCUGAUUUCCCCCUUGUUGUAGUUUUUUUUUUUUUCUUAUAUUACUGAUGUAAAGCUUCUCUUCACAAACACAAACCUGAGUAUCCCUCCUUGAAUACAGGAGGAGGAGUGCCGCCAGGAUAUAAAGCUGAACAUAAUACAGACUCCAAUUUUCACUCACUUCAGCUGAGACUCAAAAGGCAGAAACAGAAACAGCUGUGAAAUAUGAAAGGAAAAGGUGUUGUGCUGUUCUUUGUGUUGCCGCUGGUGCUGGGCCAGGAAAGGACCUUCAGCUGGGACGGGCCAGGAGAGCAAACCCUUGCUCCAGAUCCCAUCAACCCGUGCCUGACUGACGAGAACUCAUGUGGUUGUUGCUUGAUGCAGAAGAAAAAAUGGGAGUUAGAACAAUAUAUCAACUCCAGUAUGAAUUCACUGGAGGAUUUGCUGGCCAAAGCACAAAACACACUAAAAAACAUCAGAGACAAUCGAGUGGCGUUUUCGGUGGGUCUAACUGACAGGAGACGUUGCAUUGGUCCGUUGAGGACGGCGACAAAUGUGAUCUAUCAAAGCAUCUUCAUCAACAUUGGAGAGGCCUAUAACUCAUCCACUGGUGUGUUCACGGUUCCACGGUCUGGCGUGUACAACCUGGCAUUUACUGUGUUUAGUGAUGCAGGCUCACCGGGUGCAGCGCUGGCCGUCUGUGUCAGUAUCAGAAGGAAUAGUGUGGCUCUAGCUGCACUUAGGGAGAUUUAUGAUCAAGACCAGGAGGAUCAGGCCACUGCCGUCCUACUUGUGCAGCUCAGCGCAGGGGACCGUAUUACCAUCAGUCUUCAGGCUGGCUGCUGGAUCUGUGAUGAUCAGAAUCACUAUAACACAUUUAGUGGUUUUCUGCUGUAUGCUACAGAGUGAAGCAAACAAACACACACAUACACACGCUUUAAAAGCUGUAUUAGAGAGAAGCUCUUAUAAAUGCAGUGGUUUUCAUACAAAGAUCAGAAAUUCUAUGCCUAAAUCUCGCAAACUUGUUGACAUUAUUAGAUUUGCAGCAAAACAUGAUUUGGUAAAUGUAUGAGGAUUAGUGAAAACCAAUAAAACCUUCAAUAGGUUUUACAAUAUUUUUUUUUUUUUUUAAUAUUUGACACUGAACCAAAUAAACAAACCUAGAAACACACACGCAUAUGGAUUGUAAAAUAAAAUGGAUU